UUAUCUUUAAGCCUCAUGCAACCAAGACUACAAGUCAUAGAAAUUUUGUUACCCAAUUCAAAGGAGGGAGUUCCCACACCAAGAUUUCUCACACUGAUAAAGGGCAGACCACAUUCAGGUGAUAAUGAGGCCCUUUAGAACAAAAGGUUAUCUUAGUGGAGUAACAAAAGGUUAAAAGUUUAGACUUUAUCCUGUAGUUGCCAAAAAUUUUGCAAUCAGGGAAUGUUCACCACAAAAGCCAAGUUUUAAAAAAUUUAAUCUGGUAGCAACAUGCAAAAUAGGUUGUAGGGAUGAGGAACCUGGGGAAGAGCUGUUCAGGUGCUGUUAUGACAAGCCAGGCAUGAAACAAAUAAACUUUGAAUUUAACAGGCUGGAAAGUUCAAUAUUUCAAUACUAUUUCAGUAGGCAAAAACAACAUUUAUCACAGUGUUGGUUUUUUAAAAAAUCCUUGCACAUUCAAAGAGAACUAAUCAUUUCCCUAUUACAUAAAUUGAUUAGAUCAUCCAUAGGAAAGAUUUAUGGCAGGCAUUUGUUGCUAAUCAAGCCAGGACAGCAAACUGGAGGACAAAGCAGCUAACUCUGCCAAAUGGAGAAAGGGUAAUGCCAAUAGCUACAGAAACACUGGGCAAUUUCACUUCCUUCCUGACCUUUCUCAGGUGUCUUAACAAAAGGACUAAAACCCCAUAUGAAUAGUUUGCUUUUGUCCUUUGAUGUGUUCUAUUGCAUCCUAAGGACAGGCAAUCAGAAAUGGAGCCAAAUGAAUAUUAUUUCUUUAGGCUGGAUCAAGUCAAAGAUACCUAGCAGGAGAUGAAUAUUCUAAAGGGGUGGCUAUUUGUAAAGAACAGGAGUAAAUGUGGUCAGAGAUAGGAUUGAGAUAAGGAGGACUGGAGACAAACAAGGUUUAAUGGCUGGGUAGGGCCAGAUAUGAAUGAACAUGAUAUUUAAUAAACAAUACAUUACUUAUUGUAAUGUAAGCAAUGCAUUUGUGAAGGGGGGAGCUCCUAGCCAGACAAUCAGUUUGCUGAGUGAGGCAUUUUUACAUCUUUAAAUGAAUCCUAUGCUCGUUGAAGAAUAAUGACAAUAGUGACAAAUAGAAGUAGGAGCAAGGACGUCUUGACUUUGGUCAUCUAUAGCAAGCAUUCAAAAAAUUAAUUCACAAUGAACUGAGGAGAGAGGGAGUAAGAACAAAGAAGAGAAUGCCAACUAGUAAAAGCCCUGCUAAAAGCCUAACUCUAGAUACUGGAGACCUGUGAACAUUUUUGUCUGGACAGGGGACACUAGUUUCCCAUCUAUGAAAUGGAAAUAAGUAAGUUUGGUUUUCUUCACAAUAGGGUAGUUAUAAUUGGGAUAGUUUUAACUAGGAGCAGGUAGAAUGAAUACUAUUUGAAAAAGAAAUAUGUCCCCACCUGCAAUGACCUAAUAGGAAGAGAAGUGAGGUCUCCUGGAGGGAUGGGAUGGGGAGGUGGCCACAGGACUUGAAAUCAAAGAAACAUAGAGUUGGAAGAAUUUCUGGAGUUGAUGAUCUGGAGACCAGAAGUCUAAAACCAGCUUUGCCAUCUUAGACAAAUCCCAAAUUCCCGCAUAUAUGAAAUGGGGAUGAUACUUGUUCUACCAAGCACUUAGGAAAAGUUAGGCACACUAAACAAGCAAAAGAGGUUAUUAUUACUAUUGAGGAGAGGGACAAACUGCAGUGACAUUCACAUUUUGAUGAGGCUUGCAAGGAUCCUGCUCCUUUCGGUGUGAAAAACAAUAGAUAAAGCCUACAGUAGUACUAUCUAGAGUGGAACUUGAGAAGAGGGAAGAGCUAAGGGGAUUGCUUCUCCCAGUUCAGCAUAUUACUUAUGGCUGUACACGAAAUACCUGCACCGACCUACUACUGAACCUUGAAAAGGAAAUUCACGGAGAGAGCAAAUGGAAAAGCUCCUCCAGCCUUGAUUAAGGAGCUUCGCUCUUGGAAGUCUUGCUCUAUACCGUAGUGUAGCAGAUCAGGAUCUUUCUAGAAAUGCCGGCUGAUACCUCGGAAAAGUCAGCUUUGGAUUGGAGGAUAGAAACAGGAAGGGAGAGGGCGACAAGUGUUGCCUGAGUCUUCAAGUGACCUUGGAGUCCUAACUCUUUCCUUCUGGCCACCAAAUAGAUCUUUUCUGGAGCCAGACUGGCCUCAGAACUGUUUUUUGUAUUUUUAUCCUGCUAGAGGGCUGGAAGGAAAGGUGGUGAAAAGGAACAGGGAAUGGAAUUUUCAGGGCAGAGGGAGGGGGCGGAGAGGAAAAGGGUCGUCUCGCUUCAUUUCCCAGGGCUAAAUCCAUUCAGAGUUUAACUUUGUUAGUGGAAGUUGGCUCAAUAUUCCCCAAUCCUGGCCCUGGCCUUAGCCCCUACUCGAAGGGGUCUUAGACUAAUUCAGGGUGAAGAAAGUGAGAGAGGACUCAGGAACUGAUGGAAGAUUGACUUUCCCGACCCAGAACACACAGGUUGAGGGUACACUGAAGGUAGAGAGCCCAAAGGGAAAAGCGAGGCGACAACUCCAGUAACACUGCACUAGAAUUCACCCGCCUUUUCCUCCUCCUUUGGCUUCCCAACCUCCCCACCACCUUAAACACACCCCGGAACCCCCGCCUCCAAGUGCCGGCUCUGCGGCUAGGAACCUGGGCAGCACUUCCUUCCCGCCGUAGCUGAGUCUAGGCUCUCGUUCCUAAUCUCACCGGGAAGGGAAAGGGGCUUCUCCGAGGCGUCAGCAGUUUGGGUAGGGUGGUGGCCACCCCUACUUCGUACUCUGUAACCAUCUUAUUUCCUCGUUUCCCUCCCGUUCCCCACUCCCAGGCCCUAAAUCCCAGUCUACCUUACCCACACACAUUCCCUUCCGCAGAGCCCCUGUUCCCUUCCUUUUCUGUAACCAACUCCCAGAUCCCAGGGCAGUAGGGACGCGUAGAUGAAGGAGUGGAGUUUAGGAAGGGCGGAGUCUGGGGAGGGACUAGCCUAGAUUCAGCCAGAAACCGGUGUCCCAUCAGCUGCGCUGUCCGCGGUACUGAAGCUAAGCGGUUCUCAGGAAAACGAAUGUGGUGAAGCUUGGGUUUGGGGUACAAGAAUGGGAAGCAAGGGUGGAAGCACCUGACGUGACUUGGAUGCCCUCAUAUUUGCAGCCCGCAAGUGUCCUCGGGCUCUCAGAGAGGUAUUUGCUUCUAGAGGAAGGGUGGCCUAUCAUCAGUAGAUCAAACCGGGAGGGAGGUCAUCCCAGGCUAAGGGCCAAAAAUUUUUUGACUUGGCAAUCUCUUUGCACCGUCACUCAGGUUGGAAAUUGGAAGAUGGGAGGGAGAAGAUAAACGGAACUUUGGACUUAGUCUUUGAACGCAAGAAGUCUGCAGGAUACCAUCUCCCACCCCCACCCGCAAGUCCGAAAGGAGUCCGCAAGACGUGUAAAGUUCGAAGUUGGCUCUGAGACCACCAGUGGGAGGGACCAGAGAAGAUGGAGACAGUCAGAGGUGCCAGACACCUGUUCAAAUACUCAGGUACCCUGUGAGGCUCGGACUCGAAGACAGGGAGGCGUCACUGCAGCUUAGUUCUCCUCCCCCCCUCCCCUCCUCCCACACACACCCCGCCCCAGGCGCGGUGACUCCGCCUCUCUACACCAAGCAGUUCUUAGCCAAGAGCUAAGGUAGAGGACGCUUUUCCCCGGACCUUGCUUAGCUGCUGCCUCCAAACCCGCUGCCGAGCAGGGGAGAGAAAGGGCCCGGAAUACCAAGCCAGAGAAGACUGCAUCUGGCAUGUCGGAUUGCUUCCAUGGGACGUGACUGGGGGUUCUCUCCUUUACCUGCCGCUUCACAAUUUUAGAGUCGGGUCCCGGAGUAGGGAGCUCCUCCCUGCCCCCAGCUCUGUGGCUUCCCCAGAGAGGAGUAUGAGGGACAGAGGUCAACGGGUCCCGGCCACGGGGCGGCAGGGAGCUAGCUGGAUAGUCCUAAGCCGAAGAGAGGAGGAAAGGGAGAGUGGUGAGUUGAUCGGGCGUCGGGGGGCUGAGACGAGUAUACUGGCUCCGCAACACUCCAAGCAAAUCACAGACCCUGUGCCCGAGCAGAAGGGACAGUCGACUCCGCUCUGUGCCUAGAGGCUCCGGGGAGACGGCGGGAGCCGCCCUUCCGGCAGCAGCCGACUGGCCCUUCGGGGGAGGCGUUUAGGGGCUCUGCGGGAGGCUGGCAAGCGGGGUAAGGCUGGGCUCUCCCCAGCCCUACUAUCACCAUCCUCACUCUCCUUCUUCCUCGGGCGGGAUCCUUUCCGAGCCACCCGCUGGGGGGAUGCAGCGCCUCCAGCCGAGCAUGCUACCCCCGAGGGGCUGAGGUCCGGACCAUGUCAGCCCGGAGUCCCCGGCCCCAGUCCCGCCGCUGCCACCGCCUCCUGCUCUGCUGCUGCUGCUGCGGCCGUCGCUCUCACCUCAACGAGGACACUGGCCGCUUCGUUCUGCUGGCCGCGCUCAUCGGCCUCUACCUGGUGGCGGGCGCCACGGUCUUCUCUGCCCUGGAGAGUCCCUCUGAGGCGGCGGCGCGGGAGCGCUGGGGCGCGACGCUGCGCAACUUCAGCGCGGCGCACGACGUGGGCGAGGACGAGCUGCUAGCUUUCCUUCGAGACUAUGAAGCUGCCCUGGCUGCAGGUAUCCGAGCGGAUGCUCUUCGUCCGCGCUGGGACUUCACCGGAGCUUUCUACUUCGUGGGCACCGUGGUGUCGACUAUAGGGUUUGGCAUGACCACGCCCUCUACGGUGGCCGGGAAGGCCUUCCUCAUCGCCUACGGCCUGUUUGGUUGUGCGGGGACCAUCCUCUUCUUCAACCUCUUCCUGGAGCGGAUCAUCUCGCUGCUGGCGUUCAUCAUGAGGGCCUGCCACGAGCGGCAGCUGCGCCGCAGCGGCCUGCUGCCGCCCACCUUCCGGCGCGGCUCGGCCCUGUCGGAGGCGGACAGCCUGGUGGGCUGGAAGCCCUCCGUCUACCACGUGAUGCUCAUCCUGGGCAUCUUCGCCAUCCUCCUGUCCUGCUGUGCCUCUGCCAUGUACACCAGCGUGGAGGGCUGGGACUACAUGGACUCCCUCUACUACUGUUUUGUGACUUUCAGCACUAUCGGCUUCGGGGACCUGGUCAGCAGCCAGCAGGAGGCCUACCGCAACCAGGGCCUCUACCGGCUGGGCAACUUCCUCUUCAUCCUCAUGGGGGUCUGCUGCAUCUACUCCCUCUUCAACGUCAUUUCCAUCAUCAUCAAGCAGGUUCUGAACUGGAUGCUGAAGAAACUCAGCUGCCAGUGUUGCAACCGGUGCCGGAGGCCCAGCUCCCGCCUGGGAAGGCGCAACGCCAUCACCCCCGGUUCCCGCUUCCGCCACCACCUCAACGCCAUGGAGGCCGACGGGCACUAUGACAGUGACGCCGAGGGCCGGAGGCUCUCGGGAGAGAUGAUCUCCAUGAGGGAUUUGAUUGCCUCCAACAAGGUCUCCCUGGCUCUCCUGCAGAAGCAGCUGUCUGAGACGGCCAACGGCUACCCCCGAAACGUCUGUGUCAACACCCGGCAGAACGGCUUCUCGGGGGGUGUGGGGGCUCUUGGGAUCAUGAACAAUCGGCUGGCAGAAACGAGUGAUUCCAGACAGGACUACAUUUGAACCCAUCCCAGGAAGAAGAGAAGAGCUGAUCUUAUCUACAGGAAAAGAGAGCCCCAGAUAUACCUCAGCAAACCUAUUUCCAGCUGUCAGGAAAUACUCCCUGAAGUCAAACCCAGAUCCCCCAGAUCUCACAGGAACCUUAGCACAAUUUUUGCUUCUUGCCAUCUGCACCAGCUUCCCCAUGACCUGAGCUGAGCUGGUGAAAGGUAUGUCUCUCAUCUCAGGGCACUGCACCUCAGAACUUAGGAGGUUUCAGCUAAAAAUCAUGGGACUCCAAGUGCCAGCAACAGCUUCCAAAGAACCUCUGUCUCUAAGAACAUAGCGUGAUUAAAGUUGGCUUAUUAGUACAGACUUGACACCCUAAUUGCUGUUUCAUUUGUCACUCUGAUCCCUGAGGGAGUGUACCAAGAACACAGGAGCUCUUUGGGAAACACUGAACCUGGCUAGAAAAAAGCUCCCUCCACCUCCUCUUCCAAGGACCGGGUUCCUCAGCCCUCUGCCCACAACUGCACGAGUCCAGAGUCUGCUCUUUGCCCUUUUUCUACAGCUGUGCCAGCUGCCUUGCCCAGGGCAGUCCAAGCAGAGCCACUCCAAGAUUUUCCCAGACUGCCAGAGAAUUCGGGGGGAGAGGGGGUUCCAUACUGGUAAAAAGAUAAUGACUCAUUCCCAGCGCUUUUAAAGUCCCACGCAAGCACUUUCCCCUUUCCUAUAAUCCAACUUUGUCUCAUCCAAUUUCAGUAUUUAGCUCUCCCAACCUUACGAUAGCAAGGCAUUUAAAACAGCUGUCAACUGAACCUUGUCUCAGAGGAAGCUUGGGCUGACAAUUUCAGAAGCUCUCCAUUUUUGGAAGUUGCUCUUAGCCCAUACCUGCGGCCCACUAGUCGCUGUCAUAGCAGGAGCCCCAGACAGCAGUCCGUUCCAGCUGGAUAGCUGUAAGGGGCUUUUCUGUGUUGCCCAGAGCUGAACCUCGUGGUCCCGGCUCACCCCUCAGACCUGAGAGCUCAGGCUCCAAGUUUCUAAGUGACUAACUUACAGAAAACAGGAAAUCCAAGUGAGUGGGAAGGGGGAGAAUAAUUAGGGUCUCCCUUCUAUAAUUACCAAAGGCUUCCACAUCUCUUUUCUCAAGUUAUCAGGCUGGUAAGGAAGCUUCGCCAAAUCUUCAGAGAGGAAAUGUCUUUAGAACAUCCCAGGCCUCUGUUACACACAGAGCUGAUGGGACUGCAUCCCACUCCUAUAUUCCAUUGCAGAGGGUUCAACAGGUCUAAUGCCCAAGAACCCAUCAUAGCAGAUGACUAAACACUAUAGGGCAUGUGUGCAUGUAUAUAUAGGACUCAGCCUUACAAUGGACCACCACUGUCCACUUGCCCAGGAGGAAUCAGGGUUUAGACCAGGUAGGGAGAAAACAUUGCCAGUCUCAUCUCCCAGAACCAAGGAAAACAAAUCUGGUCUGGAAAUUUUGAUGUACUUCUUUGCAAAGACUAUAUACAUUUUACACAAUAGUAAGCUUCCAAAAAAAAAACCCUGGAAAAUCUUCCCACUAAGUCUUCCCCAAGUCUUGUAAUCCUGAGAAAUGCACUGGGGUCAAUCUCAUGCCAAUGGAGUGAUCAGAACAGGGACUGAUUUAAUUGGAGUCCUCCCCUCAGAACAGAAUUUGUCUGGGAACCUGAGGCAGGCAGGCAGGCAGGAGGGCAGGCUGCAGAAGCAAUACAAACCCCCGCUCAGUUCAAUCUUACUGUAACUUUCUACCUUCAAAAAGCACAAGCAACAAUCUGGAUGCCUGGAAAACACUGAGACAAACCACUGCUUUCUGCAGCUCAGGUCUGCGGGAGAAGAGCUGUUGGGGAUUUUCUUUGUUUCUUUGUUAUUAUUGUUUUUAACCUGCCUACCCCUGCUGGUAACUUCCUACCUGCAGGGAUGGAGGCUGGUGAGGAAUAGGAAGAGGAGGAGGAGGAAGAGGAAGAAGAAGAAGAGGAAGAGGAGGAAGAAGAGAAGGAAGCUCCAUUUGCUUCCACUAGGGAAUAAUUUAACUUUCUGGAGUAAAUUGAAUAAAACUUCAGGCACUACCUUGGCAAACAGGUAUACAUUCAUCUGUGUAUUUUUGGAAAAAUGGUAGGAAUUAUGCCCUACACUGGCCUAUCUCCUUUCUCCCCACUCCCAUCCCCAGGCAAAAAAAAAAAAAAAAAAAAAAAGGCUAACCUUGCUUUAUGAACUCUUUUUGUAUGCAAUGUGUACACCUUAGAAGGGGAUCAAAGCAUGUCUAGCCCAACUGUGAGAGGGCUUUCUUAAAUGAUGCAUUUAUUUUUCUGAGUAGUACUCCAAAGGGAUGAUCAAAUUAAUGAUAAAUAAAAAGCAACCUGACAUAA